GCAGCCACAUAAACAAUGUUUACAAACUACACUAGCACUAAAUAACGAUAUAAAAAUGACCAAAACGUUAUGUAGAAUUUAAUAAGAUCUGCUGGGAUCCAGCCAUGGACGUGUUUAAUAAAGUGACGGCUUUUCUGCAGCAGGCUUUGGAAACAAGGGAGCCUUCGAUAAACCUGCAGGACUCUUUUGUGGAUCACUGGAAAGCAAUAACCAACUAUUACAUUGAAACUUCAGAUGAGUCUCGUCCGGUGAAGCACACAGACAUCCCUUGGAGGCUCAGACAGAUGCUGGACAUCCUGGUGUAUGAGGAGAAACAGCAAGGAGAGGAAACGGGUCCCUGCAUGGAGUAUCUGCUCCAGCACAAAAUACUAGAGACACUUUGCACGCUGGGAAAAGCACAGUAUCCUCCUGGCAUGAGUCAACAAGUGAUGCUGUUUUUCUCUAAAGUCCUGAGCCAGAUCACGAAACCUGUGCUGCAUUUAAUCAAUGUCUAUCGGCCCGUACAGAAACUGAUCCAUCUGUGUGGACUCCCUGAUUCACAGACGGAAAAAGAGGAGUCUCAGUUUCUCCUUGCUGUUUGCACUCGAGUCAAAAAAGACCCUUAUGUCCUCAACUAUAUCCUUGAGAUUACCAAAGACUCUCAGAAGAAGUCCAGUUCUCCUUCUGAUGAGGCUGUGGAGAAGGGCUCCAGUCCUGAGACCGCUCCCUCCCCACCGUCUCCUACCAGUUCUGCCUCCUCCAGCUCACCUCAGGAAGCCACAGGCAUUAUCCCUGUACUCAUUCACCUGGGGAAAACUGAGAAAAGUCAUGUUGUGCUCAGAUCCAUGGAGAGUUUGCUGCUGCUGGUCAGUUUACCACAGGAAGACACUGGACAUCUUCUGGCUGAGAGAACUCCACUGUGUCACCUCCUCGCUCAGAGACUGACUGAACUUUACUGCCUCAUACCCUCAUCGCUCGACCCUGCAGACAUCCACAGCUACUCCAGUGUACAGUGGAGGACUCAGUUCACACAGGACAGUACAGUGGAGAGCCCGUCGUUUCCUGGCAGUGAGAACGUCCACAGGUUCUUCUGCUUUUUGGACUACUGCAAUGAGCUCAUCAAAGAAGCACCAAGGGUACUUGGUGUUGAACUAGCGAGAGCAAUUCACCUUCAGUGGCUUAAAGGAGUCAUCCAGCCUCAUCUGCUUCAGAUGUCAGAGGUUGGGAUCCUGGUACACACCGCUCUGCUGUCCUGUUCUGUACAUCACAUACGUUCCCCUGCACUCCUGGAGGAAUUGGUUCAGUUUCUGUUGGGCAAUGACACACAUUGUGAAAAGCAGCAGGACACACAUACACACAUUCUACGUUACCGCCUUAUUGAACACUGCAACCACAUCUCAGACGAGAUCAGUAUUACAACAUUGCGUCUCUUCGAGGAGCUUUUACAGAAGCCCAGCAGGAGCAUCUUGACCAAUCUGGUGCUGCGUAAUCUUGAGAAGCGCAGCUACAGGCUGUCCGGAUCAGGGGCCGCGGACGAGAGACAUGCAGUCGAGAGUGAUGUUCUGGAAGAGUCCGAGGAGCUGGAAGAGGAUCCAUUUUUCACAGACAUGUAUGAAGACAGUGGGUUCAGUGGCCAGGAGCCUCUUCUGUCUCUACCCAGUGCUAGAGAAAGACGUAAACCCAGUGCGCACACACAAGUUGCUGACCUCGUCAACAGCUUCUUGUGUUUAGUGCCCCAAGAGGCAAAAACAUCCCAUCUUGUUCAGGGAGCAGGAUAUGACACAUACGUUCAUGAUGCGCACAAACUGUUAAACGAAUGUACUGCUCUUUCACGUGACUGGAACUGGCCAGAUUCUGCAAAACCCACUGAAAACAACCCAGCUACAGAAUUCUAUGAAGGGCAUUUCCUACAAACCCUCUUCGACAGGAUUGCACGCAUACUAGAGCAGCCAUAUGAGCUAAACCUGCAGGUGACAUCAGUUCUUUCCAGAUUAGCUGUGUUUCCUCACCCUCAUCUGCAUGAGUACCUGCUGGACCCGUACAUCAGCCUGAGCCCUGGAGCACGAUCCCUCUUCUCCACUCUAGUCAGGGUGAUAGGGGAGUUAAUGCAGAGGAUCCAACACAUCCACAAUGUGACAGACAGACUGAUGAUGAUCAGGAGACAGCUGAUGGGACUGGAGGAGGAGACUGUGGUGGAUCACAUGACUCUGUUGAGAGGUGUGAUAGUUCUGGAGGAGUUCUGCAAGGAACUGGCUGCCGUAGCGUUUGUCAAACUACCCAUAGAAGAGCAAUGAAUCCAUGAUACUUAAACCAAAGACAAUACAAAGGAUCAUGACCCAACAACAUCUGUUGGAUGGCUCCGUCAUUCGGAGAAAAUGGAUUUGCACAGAACAAAGUUAAGGGGCGAUAUUUGUAGAUUUGCAAGUCACUUUUAAUGAUUGUUUUCAGGGAGCAGUCAACCUGUCUGAUGGCA